CUAUCCACCCACACUAAACUAAACACUUUUCGGCCCGGGCCUAUCAUCACCAUACCUUAUACCUUAUACCUUAUGGCUAUCGUGCGCAAGUGGGGCGAGAACCACAUCAACAAAUCCCUGAAGCAAAUCCAUCCAAAUGCUUGGCUUAUUGGUGAUCUCGUACUCUAUCGAUCAACCUUUCCUUCCGAGACAGCUACUUGGAAUGACGAGAGUGAUAAUUCAAGCUAUACACUAACGAAGGCACCUACUCCAUUGCCUUCUGCUACCACACCGCCCGAUAGCCCCUAUAUCAAGCUGGUUCAUGAAGCUGGCGAUGCCUCUGUUGUCUGGUCUAUAGGAAAUAAUGCCUUGUGCAAAGUCAGGUACAUCGAGGAGGGAGUCACACCUGAGUCAGUCACGUUGGAUUUUGUCCGAGAUCAACGACCUAGUUUCGAGGUACCGAAGGUUCUUCACCAUGCUUUCGGUAAUGACCGAUCCUACCUCUUUCUCCAGAGAGUUCCAGGCCGGACCUUGGACGCUGCCUGGCCAACUUUGAACGAAUACUGGCGUCGCCACUAUGUGAACGCUGUGGUUAACGUCUGUAAGGAAAUGGCACAGUGGAAAGGGCAUGUUUUUGGCGGUGUGGACGGUCAAAACAUCCCUGAGCGAUACCUCCUCAAGCCCCACGCUGUUGAGGAUUUCAACUCAGCUCAUCUUCAGGCAACAUGUGAGGGUAUGGGUAUGGACUGUGCAAACCUCGUCUUCAGCCAUGCUGACCUUGGACCCACGAAUAUCAUCGUAGAGAAUGAGCCGAAUGCCGGGAAAGUUGGGAUUAUCGAUUUCGAAAUUGCUGGCUACUUUCCUCGAAGCUGGAUCAGGACUAAGUUUCGGAUAUCCAGUGGAAUGGAUCUCUCCCGUUCUGUCACUGAUGACCCGUACUGGUGGAGAAGAGAAGUUCAAAUCGCGCUUGGAGCCAACGGAUUUGACGACGUCCGAAAGGCUUGGGAAGAUUGGCGGAGACUUCUGGAAGACAGACACGGUUACCGCCCUCACAUAGAAUAGUCCUUGUCUUCACGAUAGAAAAUGUAUCCCA